AUGAUAGCAGCCCACCAUCUUCCUGAAGGAUUUACCUUCAACCAUGACCCAAGUCACAUGUGGAUGACAACAGCUACCCAGCUGCUGUCCUUUUGGCACAAGCAACAGGAAUCCCAUCCAAAUGAUGUGUUUCAAUUUCAGAAAUGGAUCAAUCAUUCUGGCAAGCUGCAGCCACCAGUGGAUAGAACUUUGGUACCCCUCCAGGUUGUGAGGCAGCAGAAAUACCAAAGACACCUGCCCCCAAAUGCAAAAAGAAUCCUGGAAGGAAAAAUGUCAAGGGCAAGGGUAAAGUGUAGGAAGAGGGAGUGGCAGAUGAUAGUGUGGAUGAUAGCAUGGACAACAGCAUGGAUGACAGUUUGGAUGAUCACAGCAAGGCUGAGGUAUCUGGCAGGAGGCAAAACCAUGCCAAGACACCAUUCCCUUCUCAUUCCUGCUCACAUCCCCCACCAGCUGAUGGUUCCCAUAGAAAGCAACAGCCAUGAAUCCAAUGAUGAAGCUGAUGAAGACACUUAUUUGCCCACCCUAUCCAAUUCAAAGAAAUCAGCAACAUCCCUGAAUACAAACCCUGAUCUGCACUCAGGGAAUGAGUACACAACUGAACUACAGGACCACUCAGAAUAUGCAGAUGAAGAUGGAUUGGAGAGCAUUCCUUUCACUGACCACCCAACUGAGGCUCUGUCAGAAUCAAGUGAGCCAGACAUGAAUCAACAUCAACCUGGGGCCAAAUACUCAUCCAAGUCCAACUGUAAUGGAUCUGUGACUGCAAAUGCAACAUCCACAAAUGUGAAACAGGGUGUCCCUGGGAGCACCUGGAAAUCACCUCAUGUCAGAAAGGCCCCUGCAAGGCCAGAUGCAGAUGUUCCAUCUCCUGAUGCAAAGAGAUUGUGCAAGCAAACAGGCAGCAAUCAGAAGCAGAAGUAG